CCGCUUCAUUGCGCAAGAGAGCAGACCAGCACCAACAGUCAACAACUGCGACAAUGCCUCGGAUAAAGAAGAAGGGCCAGGCCGGCGCGGCCAAGAACUACGUUACGCGAAACCAGGCCAUUCGGAAACUCCAGAUCAGCCUGCCCGACUUCCGUAAGCUGUGCAUCUGGAAGGGAAUCUACCCUCGCGAGCCCCGGAGCAAGAAGAAGGUCUCCAAGUCUUCGACCGCCUCCACCACCUUCUACUUCACCAAGGACAUCCAGUACCUCCUCCACGAGCCCCUGCUGCAGAAGUUCCGCGACCAGAAGUCCCUCGAGAAGAAGAUCUCCCGUGCGCUCGGCCGUGGCGAUGUCACUGACGCCGCUCGUCUCGAGGGCAACGCUGCGCGACCUGAAAAGACUGGCAAGCCCCGAUACACCCUCGACCAUGUCAUCCGCGAGCGGUAUCCUACCUUUAUUGACUCCCUGCGAGACCUUGACGACUGCUUGUCCAUGCUCUUCUUGUUUGCGAACCUGCCCUCGACGUCCAUGGUCCCCGCCAAGAUGAUUGCGCGCUGUGAGCGACUCGUCCACGAGUUCCAGCACUACCUGAUUGUGUCCAAGAGCGUUACCAAGUCGUUCCUGUCCAUCAAGGGCAUCUACUACCAGGCCAACAUCCAGGGAGAGGACGUUCUGUGGCUGGUGCCGUACCGAUUCAACCAGCGCGUCGUUGGCGACGUCGAUUUCAGAAUCAUGGGUACCUUCAUCGAGUUUUACAUGACCCUAUUGGGCUUCGUCAACUUCCGAUUAUACACCACUCUCGGUCUCAAGUACCCCCCCAAGUUCGACCAGGCCAAGGAUGAGAACGCUGCCGAACUUGGCGCCUUCACCCUCGAGGGCAAGACUCUUGUCGGUGCUGAGGAGCACAAGCAAUUGGAGGAUGCCACCCACAAGCCCGACCCCAAAGUGCAGGCUGCUGUCAACAAGGUCCUCAAGAAGCUCAAGACUACCGAUGUCGAUGAUGAGGCAGCGACCGAGAACGAGGUGGAUGGCGAGGAGCAGGAUACAGGAGCAAUUGAUAAGUUUGAGCCUGCCGCCCCCGGUGGCGAUGUGCUUCCCCAGCCGUCAACCGCUGGAAACAGCCCCGGUGCCAUGUUCUCCAACUUCACCUUCUACCUCUCUCGUGAGACACCCCGACAACCCCUCGAGUUUCUCCUGAAGGCCUUCGGCUGCAAGCGCGUUGGCUGGGAUGCCGUCCUCGGCGAUGGUGCUUUCACCACCAAUGAGCUUGACCCUGCCAUCACCCACCACAUCGUCGAUCGGCCCCCUAUCCAGGUUGUUACCGAGGAGGGUGGUGAUGGCGAAGACAACCAGACUUCGCAGAAGCUGCCCGCCAACAUGCGUGUUCCUGGACGAACAUACAUCCAGCCUCAGUGGGUUUGGGACAGUAUCAAUGACGGCGAGCUGAAGGAAGCUCACAUGUACGCCCCUGGCGCUUCUCUGCCUCCUCACUUGAGUCCCUUCGUGAAACAGGUCCAGGGUGCUUACGAUCCUACCAUUUCCCUGGAGGAGCAGCAGCCCGAGGACGAGGCCCUCGAGGCCCAGAGCGACGACGAGGACUUGGCUGUUAAGGACAUUGACGAGACGGUUGAGGGUAUGGACGUGGACGACUCUGAGGGCGGAGAGGAUGACGACGAAAAGGAGGACGAUUUCGGAGGCUUCUCUGCCGAUGAGGAGGAGGAGGAUGACGAGGAUGAAGACACCGCCGAGCAGCGACAGCAGGAGCUCGAGGCUGAGUUGACUGGCGCGUCUGUGAAAUCCAAGCCCGUGAGCUCCAAGGCCAAGGCAAAGGAGGAUGCCCGCAAGGCGCUGACCAAGAAGGCGCGUGAUGAGGCCGAGGACCUGGAUCGCGCCAAGGGCAUGCUGAGCAAGAAGAAGCGAAAGCUGUAUGAGCAGAUGGUUUACACUAAUACCAAGAAGAGCACCGAAGACCAGAAGCUGCGCGCCAAGAGGAGACGAUUUGAAAAGGAAAAUGCGAAGGGCAAGGGCAAGGGCACGGCGUAAAAAGGACUGUUUUAUACCAUUCAGAUAGAUUCAAUUUACAUGCGAUGGAGCGAGCUUUAUGUGUGUGUGGUGUUGUGAAUGUGAAGGCUGUUGU